CCACGGCGAUGUUAUCGCAUAUAUUUAACAACCUGGCGUCGUUGCCAUCGGCUUCACACUCUCAAGUCAAUCGCUGGGUCGCGAGGCGCGAGUGCUUCGGUGUUUCUGAUAAAACAGACGGUGGACAAGUUUUGUGAUACUAGAUAUAUUUAAUUUAUUUAUGCAAAAUGGUUUUUAAGUACGGACUUUCGUGGAUCAGCUCCAUGUUUAUGGGUGCAAUCAUGGACGAAUCAGAAGCGAAGCUUGGUACACAACCCAUCCCUGAGGUAUCUGAUCCCCUUUUUAGCACCACGGACCUUAUCCUGAUGGCCCUAUUGGUCGGAGGGGUCAGUUGGUAUCUUCUCACCAGAAGCAAGAAGAAUACCGUGGUGGCCAAUGGAAAAUCGUAUUCAAUACAACCUACAUCGAUGGCCCUACAAACUUCCUCGGACAACUCCUUCAUUAAGAAACUGCAAACGUCCGGAAGAAGCUUAGUCGUAUUCUAUGGAAGCCAAACGGGCACGGGCGAAGAAUUUGCCACCAGAUUGGCCAAAGAAGGGGUUAGGUAUAGACUGAAGGGCAUGGUGGCUGAUCCGGAGGAAUGCGACAUGGAAGAGUUGGUUAACCUCAAAUCGAUUCCGAACUCGCUCGCCGUUUUCUGCAUGGCGACCUACGGCGAAGGGGACCCCACAGACAAUGCCAUGGAGUUCUACGAAUGGCUGCAAAACGGAGAUGCCGACCUCACCGGACUGAAUUACGCUGUAUUUGGAUUGGGAAAUAAAACUUACGAACAUUACAACAAGGUUGCAAUAUACAUUGACAAGCGAUUAGAGGAAUUAGGUGCAACUCGCGUGUUUGACCUUGGACUUGGCGAUGAUGAUGCAAACAUUGAAGACGACUUCAUCACAUGGAAAGACAAAUUCUGGCCUGUAGUUUGCGAGCAUUUCGGAAUCGAAUCCACCGGAGAAGACAUCAGUAUACGCCAGUACCGACUACAGGAGUUCGAUGAAAUCCCUGAUAGAGUUUACACCGGAGAAAUGGCUAGGCUCCACUCCCUCAGAAACCAAAGACCACCGUACGAUGCCAAAAACCCCUUCCUCGCAAAGAUCAAGGUCAAUCGCGAAUUGCACAAAACCGGCGAUCGGUCUUGUAUGCACAUCGAAUUCGACAUCGAGGCUUCGAAAAUGCGUUAUGACGCAGGAGACCACUUGGCUGUCUAUCCCGUGAACAGUUCUCAGCUCGUAGAGAAGAUCGGUAAAUAUUGCAGUAAAGACUUGAACACCGUAUUCACUUUAAUCAACACCGACGAGGAAUCAAGCAAGAAGCACCCGUUCCCAUGUCCUUGUACGUACCGAACUGCGCUCACGCACUACUUAGACAUCACUCAGAACCCCAGAACUCACGUUCUCAAGGAAUUGGCAGAAUACUGCACGGACCCAGCGGAAAAGGAAAAGUUGAAGCUGAUGGCAAGCACGAGCCCCGAAGGCAAGGCUCUGUACCAGAAAUGGAUAAUAAACGACAACAGGAAUAUAGUGCACAUUUUGGAAGAUAUGCCUUCUUGUCAACCUGCCCUGGAUCAUCUCAGUGAGCUCUUGCCCAGACUUCAGCCUCGUUACUACUCCAUUUCUUCAUCUCCGAAAUUGUAUCCAAACACUGUGCAUAUCACUGCUGUGGUCGUGGAGUACACUACACCCACAGGACGCCAGAAUAAGGGUGUCGCCACUACUUGGCUCUCCAAGAAGAUUCCUAAGGAAGGCGAAGAACUGCCUACCGCUCCUAUUUUCAUACGUAAAUCGCAGUUCAGAUUACCGACCAAGCCCCAGACUCCCAUCAUUAUGAUCGGUCCUGGAACUGGUCUGGCUCCUUUCAGAGGAUUCAUUCAGGAAAGGGACAAUUCCAAGGAAGAAGGCAAGGCGGUUGGGGACACCAUACUUUACUUCGGUUGUAGGAAGAAGUCGGAAGAUUUCUUGUACGAAGAUGAGCUUUUGGCGUAUGAAAACAAAGGGCUUCUCAAAUUACACCUGGCUUUCUCAAGGGACCAACCCCAAAAGGUUUAUGUAUCGCAUCUAUUGGAGAAAGAAAGUGAUGAAGUGUGGAAGGUUAUUGGGGAAAAUAAUGGACACCUGUAUAUUUGUGGGGAUGCAAAAUCUAUGGCAGCUGACGUUCGCAACAUCGUACUGAAGAUAAUCCAAGAAAAAGGACAAAUGACUGAACAGCAAGCCCAGGCCUUCCUGAAGAAGAUGGAGACGCAGAAACGUAUGUCUGCCGAUGUAUGGAGUUAGAUAGUAAAACAAAUUAGUUUUUAAUUAAAUUAACAAUUUAAACAGUGUUAAAAGAAUAUGAAAUUAACCAUUUGUGUUUAAUGGUUGUUUACAUGUAUUUAUGACAAUAAUAAGCUGAUACCAUGGUGCCUAUUAAUUGUAUAUAUUUAAAGGAAAAUUAGAAAGAGUGCAUUUAGGCAUAUUAAUCAUUCCAGCGCCUUUAUUUCUUGUUCUAUAUUUAUACAGGCCGAAUCGGUUUUUCAUAAAAGCAGAUUUCAAAUUUUAAAUUAUAUGUAUAGGUUUUUUAUGAAAAAUAUUUAUUUUUAGUGAUUAUACUAUAUAUACAAAAUU